AAAGAAGAAUUCACAAUCGAUUUCACAUCCGACAGUUGGUCUUAAUUUUUACCUAUUCGAUAUCGACUUUUACUGGUCAACAACAGGAACAUAAACUUCACAGGGAUGUGGAUAUCAGUGAAAAUAUUAAUUCCAUUACUCUUGAUGAUAAAUUCAUCAGCAGGACUGCAUAUUUUGAAACUAUUGGCCAAUUAUGGUUUCGGAGGUUCUUAUGGAAUGAGAAUUGAAAGAUUACCAAGAUUCAAUGAAUAUGAUUUUAUCAUUGUCGGGUCUGGGCCUGGUGGUGCUACUGUAGCCAAUCGCCUGACAGAAAAUAAAAAUUGGCGAGUGUUACUUUUAGAAGCUGGUAAACCCGAAGGACUUCUGCACCAAUUACCAACCGUUUCUUUUAUUUCAUCAGAGUACGACUGGCAGUACAUUACCGUACCCCAAGAAAAUGCCUGUUUAGGGUUGACAGAUCGACGUGGUGCUUACACCCAGGGAAAAUCAGUGGGUGGUUCGAGUUCCAUAAAUGGCUUGGUUUACUCUAGAGGGAAUAAAAUUGAUUUUGACAUUUGGGCUGAACGAGGGAAUUAUGGCUGGUCAUAUGAUGAAAUACUGCCGUAUUUCAAGAAGAGUGAACGAGCUAAACUGGCAGAACCAGUGGAUGAAUAUUAUCAUGGCAAGGAGGGAUAUGUACACGUGGAGAAUGGACCCUGGCGAACCCCUCUCGCGACAGCUUUCGUGAAUUCCGCGAAGGAACUAGGCUAUGAUGUCAUCGAUUACAAUGGAAAAAGACAAGUUGGAUUCUCCUACACCCAUUUAACAAUUAUGAACGGCUCGAGAUGCAGUGCUUCAAGGGCAUAUCUUCGUGUAAAUCGACUGAACUUGGAUAUCGUACCAGAAGCAACAGUGACAAAAGUGUUGAUUGACAAAUCUAAUCGAGCCUAUGCUGUAGAAUUUAUAAAAAACAACAUGACGUACCGAAUUAAUGCUAGUAAAGAGGUGAUCCUAUCAGCUGGGGCAAUCAGUACACCUAAACUAUUGAUGCUAUCCGGAGUUGGACCUGAACAACAUCUCACCGACCUAGGAAUCAAAGUCGUCAAGAACGCUUCAGUUGGACACAAUUUAUGUGAUCACGUGGCUUUCACUGGUCUCACAUUUGUGAUAAAUGAUACCGUCAGUUUAACAACAAGAACUACACAGACCCCAGAAGCUGCCAUACAAUAUGCUGUCAAUGGAACUGGUCCCCAGUCUUCAUCUGGUGCUGAAGCACUCGCAUUCAUCCGCUCAAAAUAUGCAAUUGAUGCCAGACCGGAUCUUGAAUUAUUUUUUUUCCCAACUGGACUGCAACGGAUGAAUGGUGUAGGUCUUCUAUUUACACGACGUUUGAAGUCAGAAAUUUAUAAUGCAGUUUGGAAGCCCCUUGAGGGCCAAGACACCUGGACGAUCAUAGUAGCUCUUCAGCUUGCUCGAAGUAAAGGUCGCAUUGAACUUAAGUCAACUAAUAUUGAGGAUCAUCCCUUAAUUAAUCCCAACUUACUGGACGAUCCAAUCGACUGGAAGAUUCUUGUAGAAGGUAUUAAACAUUCAAUAACGGUAUCCAAAUCUAAAGCUUUUCAACGAUACGAUACUAGACUACAUGAACUCAAAAUUCCUGGAUGUGAAAAUUUCGAAUUUAACACGGAUGAUUACUGGUAUUGUGCAACAAAAUAUUUAACGAUUCCCUUCCUUCAUGAAGUCGGUACUGCUAAAAUGGGACCAUCUACAGAUUCUACUGCCGUCGUUGAUCCUGAAUUGAGAGUAUAUGGGGUAAAAGGUCUGAGGGUUAUCGAUGCUUCGAUAAUGCCCGAGGUACCAGUCGGUCAUUUGACAGCAACAAUUUACAUGAUCGCCGAAAAAGGUGCUGAUAUGAUCAAACAAACAUGGUCUGCUUAAUACAGUAGCAACUAUUAUUUAUUACAUGAUCAAUAAUAGGCAGAUGUAUGUCGCAUUUUCCGAUGAUAAUUGUACGGUAAUUUAUAAUAAAAUGAAUAAAAAUGUACGAUUGAAAAGUCUGUCCGUAUAGCGCCGUUAAUCGUAAACUCUAAUGACGAGUAAACGCAAAAGUGAUAAAUAAAUAUUAUUGGCA